ACGAGAGAAAAGUUAGACAACUGGAUUGACUCUGAAAGGCGGAGAAAUGCAAAAUACGGCUUAACAUGGUUUUGCAGUGCUUGAAUUCCCCGUAGUGUCUUCUACGCGCCGCCGAACUUCGGGGUAUGAAGAAGGAGGAGUUCGAGAAGACGAUCGAGGAACUUAAAAACGAAAUGACCACACUUCGUGUUGCCAAGAUGGCCGGUGCACCACCGUCAAAGGUGUCGAAGAUCGGCGUCAUUCGCAGGAACCUUGCACGCAUUUAUACUAUCAUGAACGAGAUGAAACGCGAGAAUCUGAUAAAGUUCUACCGUAACAAGAAGCGUGUUCCGCUUGACCUUCGCCUCAAGCGGACACGUGCGCAACGUCGGGCUCUCACACCAUACGAGAAGUCACGCAAGACGCGCAAGCAACAUCGCCACGAAUGCUCCUUCCCGCAAAGGAAGUUUGCCCUUAAAGCCUAGAUAAAGCCUAGGCAGAAGGAGGUGUUGUUGAUCUGAAAUUGGCAUGUCUAUCAUCAGGUGUACGUUCAAUAGUGGACAGAAUAAAAGCCGCCGCGAGUAAAAAUGUGUUU